AUGUCUUUGCUUCCUAUACGAUCAGUCACCUCGGCCAGCCCCGGUCAACCUCACGAGCCAGAUCCCUAUGCAUGUUGCACAUCGCAAAUCUUAGCCCGCGAUCAUCGUCGACCCGGCGCCGCCAAGAUCUUGGCUGGUGCAUCUGCUGGAAUGCCGUUGAACCUUGAUUGGACUGGCCCGUCCAUCUUCAUGCACCCCAGGGUCAAUUGCUGCUCACACUUCUUCACCCAAGCAUUCCUUGGCCGUUUGAACAAAGUUUGCGGAAUGCACGUUGUAUCAGAAUAUCCUGUUUCUAUCCAAAUUCCUCCACAAUACCUUAAUAGCAUCCACGAGAUUCCUUACCUGUAA